AUGGAGAUCGUAUCAAGACAACAACACGAAAGAGAAAACCCAUCUCCGACGAACUCUCCGUCCAGCCAUGGCAGCAGUAGCAACAGCAAUGGACAUACCGCCGGCGGUGGCUCCGUCCAAACACCACCACUAACUCCAAGACCCGUUUCAAGAUCCGAACCAAAUCCAUACCCAACAACCUUCGUUCAAGCAGACACAACUUCCUUCAAAACAAGUAGUCCAGAUGCUAACUGGAUCAUCAAAACCGACCCACCAACCAGAUCCGGCGCCGACGAGGACAUCCAUACCGCCGAUCAAAACCGGUCAACAGAAGAAACAAGGAUUCAAGCUCUACGAGCGUCGGAACAGCCUGAAAAACGGGCUGAUGAUCAACGCAUCGGUGCCGAAGCUCCAUGGUCAUGGGUUAUCGCCGCGACUCCAUGA